AUCUCGCGGGGAGGGUGGAAAUUUUCAUGAGAGUUAGCCUACAGCUGAGCAAGAAGAAGGGGCGAUCGCUACUAAAAUCCACUACCAUCUUCUUUACAGCAGAGGGUGAUGGUUUUCGAAGCCGCAAGAACAUAAUAUACAUAUUUCAGGCUUUCAGUUAAGCCUAAUAUUGUGGUAUUCUGAAAAUCCUGUCGCCAGAAAAGGAAUGGUGAAAAUUGGAUUGUGAAAGAAGGAACAAUCCGGGAGCUGGGGGGAGGUGUGUGUCGGAUAGGAGCUGUUUAAGGGACACAUUAGGGCUUCGGUGAAUGUAAAAGGUUAAAACAAGGCAUUAAAGAAAUAAGAAGCACAGGUAACAGUUUUCUGCAAGUUGCUGUCAGCUACCCCAUUACCAGCUAACUCGACACAGAGAUGGAACUAAGAGUGGGAAACCGAUACAGACUCGGCAGGAAAAUUGGUAGUGGCUCCUUCGGUGACAUUUACCUCGGUACAGACAUUUCAGUUGGAGAGGAGGUGGCCAUUAAGCUGGAAUGUGUAAAAACAAAGCACCCUCAGCUCCACAUCGAGAGCAAGAUUUACAAGAUGAUGCAGGGAGGCGUUGGAAUUCCCACAAUCAAGUGGUGUGGUGCUGAAGGUGACUACAAUGUGAUGGUGAUGGAGCUCCUGGGCCCCAGUCUGGAGGACCUCUUCAAUUUCUGCUCACGCAAGUUUAGCCUGAAGACAGUCUUGCUUCUGGCUGAUCAGAUGAUCAGCCGCAUUGAGUACAUCCACUCAAAGAACUUCAUCCACAGAGAUGUGAAGCCUGACAACUUCCUAAUGGGCCUGGGCAAAAAGGGAAAUCUGGUCUACAUCAUUGACUUUGGUCUGGCAAAGAAGUACCGAGAUGCCCGCACACACCAGCAUAUCCCUUACCGUGAAAACAAAAAUCUGACUGGAACAGCGCGCUAUGCCUCUAUUAACACCCACCUGGGCAUUGAGCAAUCCCGGCGUGAUGACUUGGAGUCCUUGGGCUACGUGCUAAUGUAUUUCAAUCUAGGCUCACUGCCCUGGCAGGGCCUCAAAGCUGCCACCAAGAGACAGAAGUAUGAACGCAUCAGCGAGAAAAAAAUGUCGACUCCUAUUGAGGUGCUCUGCAAGGGCUACCCCUCUGAGUUUGCCACGUAUCUCAACUUCUGCCGCUCCCUGCGUUUUGAUGACAAACCUGACUACUCAUACUUGAGACAGCUGUUCAGGAACCUGUUCCACAGACAAGGCUUCUCAUACGACUAUGUGUUUGACUGGAACAUGCUCAAGUUUGGGGCCAAUCGAGCAGCCGAGGAUGCAGAGCGGGAACGCAGGGACCGGGAGGAGAGACUGAGACACAGCCGUAACCCUGGGACUAGAGGUAUCCCCUCUGCAUCAGGGAGGCCCAGGGGAACACAGGAAGGAGUCCCUCCUACUCCACUGACCCCCACCUCUCACACCGGGAUGGAGCGGGAGAGGAAGGUCAGCAUGAGGCUCCACCGUGGUGCACCUGUCAACAUGUCCUCCUCAGACCUGACUGGACGGCAGGACACCUCUCGCAUGUCUACGUCACAGAAUAGCAUUCCCUUCGAUCACCACGGCAAGUAGCUGCUCGCCACGUUCUUGUUUGAAGGCAGCACUGGGUCCUGUCUCGUGUGAACCCCGGCGGUCUCCACUCUGCUGUACCUCGAUGAGACACCACCACGCGCCAUGGAGGGCAGACCACGCAUGGCUGAUUGUUACUAGUACCUUUCUCAACAACCUCACUUCUGCAACAGCUUCAGAACGCCAGUCCUGUUCAGAGCUGAUUUGACUUCAAAUUAAAUUAAACAGAACAGCAUCAAGGCCUUUCUUUUGGGGACACACACACACACACACACACACACACACACGUGCGGCACAGUUGGACAAAGGGGUUUGUCUCUGCUCCUGUAUUUGCCAUGCUGGCACCUUGAAAGGAGGGUGUCUAACCUGCAGCCAUCAGCGGUUGCUACGACUACACCAGGACCUCUUCACCUUGCAGACCAGCCUUCCCCACCAAAGGACCACCAUUUCUGUUCCCCCCCCAUUGUCAAAUUCAUCUAACUCCUAAACUUGAACCUUCCUGUUUAAUUUUUUGCUAUUAACUGACAUUCUACAAGCCAUGUCCUAUUUAGACAGGUAGCUUGUUGGUGUAUUGCUUUUGUCUGAAUGUACACAGAACUGUAAAAAGCAACUGAAAAUGGCAUCAUAUGAUUUAAAUUUUCCUGACACCAGGUCAUGUGUCAGGAAAAAUUUUAACCCUGUAUUUAUUUAGAUUUUUUUUAAUAUCCCUUUAUAACUUCAUUUUAUCAUGUAGGUUGUAACAGGUCAUAUCACUGGUGAUCACUGCUGUUCAACAGACCUGUUCAAGUCCAUGCAAUGGAAAAUAGUUAAGUGGAAUCCUCAGUGUUGUGAUGAAACCAGACAAGAGGUUUCCUUGCUGUUCUCACUCCAGCAGCAGUAGUUUCAGGUAUCCUUGAGGGUCUUGACCUGUUAAACUGGUUUGAUAGUUUUGUCAAUCAUGCAUAGUUUUAUUGUUGACUGUUGCUGUACAGUAUAUUGCAUUCCUUUUAAUUUCAAAGCUGUGAAAUACCUGUAAUAUAAAAAUGUAAAUGUUUGGCUCUGUGGCGAGCUGGUGUCAUUUCCCAGGCCCACUGUCAGUAAGGGGACCUUGCCCAGCAGGGGCCAGGGAAUGGGCUAGGCUGCCACAGCAAUGGAGUUCCCACCUUACAUUACCCACCCAGUGUGCUUGUCUCCAGAGUGCUGGCAGAGGGCAGCCAUUCUGCUUUUUGAUAGCCAGCUUAGCUGUGGGACUGGGCACAUGUUGCUGUAGCAUUUUAAUCAUCUAUGGGAUUUUCUUUCCAUCCCUUUUAAAUAUUUUAACUUCAUUUUUGGGACAAAUGUGUUCUUGCAUAUCAAAAGCUUUCGGUUCCUGGAAACUGUGUCACAGAACUACUGGUGGUAAAUGGGGAUUUUUAUUUUGUGAUGCUUUUGGCAGGAGUAACCGAAAGCCAUGCUGUCUAUUUAGCAAUGUUGAACUGACUGCUUUUACCUUGAAAGCAGCAAGUGGGUUAAAAACAGGAAUUUUUCAGUCUGGGAAUGUGUGUAUAGAUUAUGCGAUGGCAUUGACCAUUUAAAAGGAUAGGUGUGUGUUUAGAGUGAAAUAUUAAUAACCAAUGUGAAGUCGGCACAGAGUGCUAGUUAUACUGCAGUAGACACUCCAAAUGGGUCUUGUUAUAAACUAGUUUCCCAAAAAGGUUUUUAAAAAAUGUUCCAGCACUGGCAGUUAAGCAAUGGGGCACGUGCAGUAAAUCUUCUUUCCUGGGGUUUUAUUCAAUAAUUGCAGCUUUCUGAGCUUUGGGUUUGGAUUUCAGUCUUUUGGUAUGUAAUCAAUAUUGGAACAUGAAAUUUAUAGAAGCAGUGCAGUCUGUUCCCAUGGUUUUCCAAUGCAUAUAAUAUCCCCCAGACCCUCCACUCUGAACACAGGGUCUGUCAUCAGCCUGUCCCCCACCCCUUAGGUUUCCUACCUGCAAACAUCACACUCUGCUGUAUCUUGUGUAAUUAGUCAUCUACUAGCCUUGUAACUAUUUGUUUUCCUCAUUUGUAUUGCCACCGUAUUUGUGUACUUUAAAAUUGUGUAAAUAAAUGAA